AUGGCGAAUGGAGUACCGAUUAUUUGCUUAUUCAAUGGAAAACUAAGCGUUGGAAUGAAUAAUAUGCCUAUAUACGAUGGAGCCUCUAGGAAAAUGUUCAUGUUGUCCAGAAAUUGGAACUUUGAUAGAUUGAUGGCGCAAAUAUACAGAGUUACUGGAAUUAAUCACGUCGAAAAUGGCAUUAAGGUCUUCUGUAAUUGUUCAAUAAAUGAUCAAAGAACAAUUGCUGUAGAGAUCACCAAUGAUGAAGAAUUGAAUAACAUGAUACAACUUGCGGAAAAACAAAUAUCAAUCGAGUUGUUUAUUGAAAACAUUCCAAUGUCUGUGGUUGCUGAAGUUUCAUAUGCUCGUGGAGAGUUCUCCCGCAUGCUUGAUAAUCAAAUAUCGUUAUCUCAAAGUGUCAUGCGCUUAAAAAAUGAGUCGGGUGCAAUGCCAAAUGACAUGUUCCACAACUCGCCGGGUCAUGUUUCAGUUGAUUUGCCGGGGGGUUCUACAAUAGUAGAGGAUAAUGAUGAGGAUGUAGAUGCCGAUGAUGAUACUGAAGAUGCUGAAGAGGCUGAACGUCUUGAUAGUAUGCAGUAUGCAAUUAGAGAGACCAAUGAUGAUGUAAGUUGGAUGGAUGAAUAUUGCGUAAAUAACGACUAUGUAGAGUCUGAAGAACCGUUGCCAGAAGAGUUCCAAAAUGAUGAGUUGAUAAAUGCCUCACAAGCUGAGUUCGUCGAUCCUGGCCCUAAUUUCGAUCGACCCGAGGACUUUACUUUCAAGAAAGGAGAUCUUUUCGAGAACAAGGAAACAUUAAUUUUCGCUAUACGUGAAUGGGCAAUCAAAAACCGGGUCAAAUUCAAGACGGUGAAAAGCUACACAACUAGCUAUCAUGUAAAGUGUUACUUUAAUGAGAAAGGUCAAGGAGAGAAUACAAGUGUUGCAGAUGAUAGAAAUUCAAAGUGUCCAUGGAAGCUUAAUGCAGCUAUUAGGAAAAAAUCACUUGGCCAAUUUGUGAUCUCUAGUUAUUGCGGACUCCAUACAUGUUCUAAUUCGACUGCAACUUAUGAUCAUAAGACUUUGACUUCCUCUUAUAUCACAAAGCUAAUUAUGCCCGAAGUUAGGUGGGAACUUGAUCUUACUCUAGGACAGAUAAUUACAAGGGUAUAUGAUAUGAAAAGAAUAACAAUAUCCAAGUGUAAAGCAUAUGAUGCACGGAGGAAGGCGUUGACUAAAAUCUUUGGAGAUUGGGAGGAAUCUUACCAAUUACUUCCGCAUUACCUUUCAGCAAUUAUGAGGAAAAAUCCGGGUACUAAAUAUGACAUAGUGUCUAAGGAGGUCGCGCCAGAAAUAGAGAGGUUCAUACGUGUUUUUUGGGCAUUUGGGCCCGCUAUUAGAGGGUUCUCUUUUUGUCGUCCGCUCUUAAGUAUCGAUGGAACAUAUUUAUAUGGCAAGUACAAAGGAGUGCUCUUGGUUGUGACCGGUGUAGAUGCAAACGGUGGGCUAUUUCCUAUAGCUUUUGCAGUUGUGGAGGUGGAGGAUACAUCGAGUUGGAAGUGGUUUUUUCAAUGUAUUUACAAAUAUAUUCCGACUGUUCAAAGUCCACGAGUUAUUACCUUUAUUUCUGACCGGAUGAAAGGAAUUCCACGAGCCUUGCACGAGGGGUGGAGUGCACCACAUCAUCACCGAUAUUGCUUGCGGCAUAUAAGAGCUAAUUUUAAGAAAAAACAUGGAGAGGUCAAUUUACAAAAUCUAUUAUGGCAAGCCGGUUGUGCAACUGACUCACUGGUAUAUGAGCAUUGUAGAGAGAAAAUUAAAUCCAUAUCACUUGAAGCCCACGAUUGGAUUGAACAAAACUUGAAGCCGCAAUACGAAGAUCGAUGGGCAUUAUGUAAAGAUGGUGGAGUGCGAUAUUGUAUGAUGACAACUAAUUGCUCCGAAAGUUUCAACGGCAUACUUAAGGGUGCCCGUGCUAUGCCAAUUCAAGCCUUAGUUGCAAGGAAAUUUUAUAGAUUGAACGCAUACUUUAAUAAGAGGCGUAGUGAUAGUGCAAAUUGGACGAGUAAGUACACUCCAAACAAUAAGAUUAUUUUGCAGAAAGGAUUGUGGCUUUGA